AAGGAGAGGGAUGUACACACCUUGUCGGAACAGAAACAACACUAAUCUUGGGAACACAUCUUGGGAGGCUGAAGUGGUGAUGUUCACUAUUUUUAUGGUCACACGAUUCUUUGUUAUUUUGAUAUAAAUCCAGAUAGCGAUCAUAAAAGGAGGCAGGAUAUGUCAUGGUACCAAGUUGGCUCCUGCAGACAUAAUUGACUUGUGAAGAAAAGAAAUGAGCUGGACGUCGGGUGGAUUCAAGUGACCCAACUGACCUGAGACCCAGACAUCGUUGGAGGAGAGGGGGCUGGUCGUCCUUUCGCAUGACGCCUGAAGGAUGAAUCGGUACACCACGCUGAAGCAACUGGGAGAUGGCACUUAUGGCAGUGUGCUCAUGGGGAAAAGCAAUGAGUCAGGAGAGCUGGUGGCCAUUAAGAGGAUGAAGAGGAAGUUCUAUUCCUGGGAGGAAUGCAUGAAUCUGAGAGAAGUCAAGUCACUAAAGAAACUGAAUCAUGCCAAUGUUGUGAAACUGAAGGAGGUCAUCCGUGAGAAUGACCACUUGUACUUUGUCUUCGAGUACAUGAAGGAGAAUCUCUAUCAGCUAAUGAAGGACAGAGAAAAUAAGAUGUUCACUGAAAAUGAAAUCAGAAACAUCUUGUUUCAGGUGACCUCUGGCUUAGCUUUUGUUCACAAACAUGGGUUUUUCCAUCGAGAUAUGAAGCCUGAAAACCUGCUUUGCAUGGGCCCGGAGCUGGUGAAAAUAGCAGACUUCGGACUGGCCAGGGAAAUCAGAUCUCGUCCCCCAUACACAGACUAUGUCUCCACACGAUGGUAUCGCGCUCCAGAGGUACUCCUCCGGUCGUCUGUGUACAGCUCCCCCAUAGACAUGUGGGCUGUGGGCUGCAUUAUGGCCGAGCUCUACACCCUCAGGCCACUGUUCCCUGGCAACAGCGAGGUGGACGAGAUCUUCAAGAUCUGCCAGGUCCUUGGCACGGUGAAGAAGUCUGAUUGGCCAGAAGGAUACCAGCUUGCGUCAGCGAUGAACUUCCGCUUCCCACAGUGUGUCCCCACUCCUCUGAAGACCCUAAUCCCGAACGCAAGUAACGAGGCCAUCUCCCUAAUGAGGGACAUGCUCAUGUGGGACCCCAAGAAGAGACCCACGGCCGCACAGGCUCUACGAUAUCCCUACUUUCAAGUGGGGCAAUUGCUGGGCCCCCGGCCACUGAGCUCAGAUCUCCGGAAGUCCCAAGCAAAGUCGUCCCAGGCUCCUGAUCCCAAACUAGACAUCCAGUCGGCCUCGGAACCCGUGCUAAGGUCCUCGACCAAGCUGUCUGGCAGGAACUCCACUCAGCCUCUUCAGCCUCUACCUCAGAACGUCCCUCAGACUGAGCACCACAGCGACCCCAUCAAACAGGAGCGGCCCCACGGACUCCCAAAGAAGUCUUCUCUGCCAGGAAGUGAGAACACUGUGGUGGGUGUGAAGGGUGGACGUAGGCGGUGGGGUCAGACCAUGUCCAAACCGUCGGACAGCUGGGAUGACUCAGACCGCUCGGACACUGCCGUGUCCAGUUCCAAGAAGCCCAGCAUAGGCCCCGAGGAGGAGAAGGCCAACAAGGACUCCAGCGCUCAGGCCAAGGAGCAAAAAGCCCUGUAUAGCUUCAGCACUGUGACGAAGCUGCCAAGCAACAUUAAAGUCAACCAGACAGAUUUGGGUGUCCAGAAUUCCACCUCAGCCAGACAGCAUUACCUGCGCCAGUCACGCUAUCUUCCAGGCUUGAUGAGCAAGAACACAUCAUCAUUGGGGGACAAGGGCACAAGCAAGGACCCGCUGGAUGGCACCACGAAUUCGAUGAACAAGCCACUUGCUCCUAUUGUUGGUGGAUCGUCCAUUACCCGGGUCAAUGCAGGUAACUUCAUUAGCACGACAUACAACCUCUCCGGAGGUUACAUUCCGUCCUUCCAGAAGAGGGAAGUCGGCUCCGUGGGUCAAAGGAUCCAGCUCGCUCCCAUUGGAGGUCAGCACGCACUUGAUCUUUCCACUGUUCCUGAUAGUAAAACUGGCAAAACUAAACCUUCCAAGCCAAAGCCCAUUUCCAGCGCUUCUCUUACUGAGACCAAUGAAGAUUAUGAAGGGUGGAAAAAGCGAAUGGAGAGAUCACAGCUGAAGGGCAGCAGCUACUCGGCCCUGGGGAAGAACUCGGGGAACCUGCUGACACGCGCGCAGCCCGUUCAGCCCGUCCACGGCAGAGUGGACUGGGCAGCCAAGUACGGAACCCACCGGUAGCGCGCCACAAGAGAGAAGAAGACAGGUCUUCACCUUUACCUCCCCCAGCAUUCGUACAUUUCCUGUACAGCAGGCCUUAGUGGAGCUUCAGAAGCCUGCACCAAGAGCCUCCAUAAACUUCUGUUGUUGCAAAGUGCUCCAAACAGCAGUGGGUUCACUGCGUCCACUUGAAGGUAACAAAAGGGAAUCCAGCUCUGCUUUCACUGCGUGAUGGCAGAGUCUGGUGUAACUGUUGCAUCGUAGGCACAUAUUACAGAUUAUAGUGACUGUAUUAAAAGAUCAUAGGAUUUUGGUUAUUGAUACAAUCAAAUACUGAAUGAUUUUUUGUUUUUUAAAACUUAGUUUGAAAUUUGUUUUCAUUUAUUUUUAUCUAUAAGCAGACUUUGUGUUGUGAAGUCAGUCUUUUAAAAUGAAUGUCUGAAGAUGGGGUUAUUUUGUACGUUUGACCCACCACAUGGAGUCCAUUAGAUUAUGCUGAUUGGUAGCAGUCUAAUAUUUUGCCAGACACUUCUUGAAGUAUUUUCUAUUUGGUAUUUUAUUUGUCCUAACCACCUUAAACCAUAGGGUAUGUGACUUUUGAUAGCUUUUCAGAUCUUUCUGAAACUUUUUUGUACUCACAUUAGUCAUAAAUGAGACUACUGUAAAACGAGCCUUAGUCUCACAAAACUUCACGAAAUGCAUGUAAUAA